CCACCAGUGGGUUAUGACCACACCGUCCCACCUUUCCAUCCUGGCACUUGCAGCUAUUGGAGCACCCACCCAGACAAAAUAAAAGCCGUGAUUGGGUACUUCGGCACUAUAGCAGAUUUCUUCGGCGCUGGCUGCAUCUUUGCAUACGGUGGCAAGAAUCCCACCCUCCAUGACGCCGUCGCCAACACGAAUACUGACGGCUACAGUUCGCUCUUAAGAGAAGCAACAGCAGCUCUUCUCAACUCCAUUGCUUGCAAGACCUUCCCCUUAAAACAACAACAGGUGAAGAGUUGUUUCUUAGGAGCACUUGGCAACGAGGGUGCUGCUGCUGCUCAGGCCGCCGUGUUUAAGUCAGCCAAUGAGGGCCUAUACAAAAGUUAAUUAGUUGAUCUAGUCAAUGUUGUUGUUCUUUUUCUUUGCUCAGUUUUAUCUGUCCGUUGUGGUUUUUAGUUUUGCGUGUGUUUUUGUUUGGAGCUUCGUGUGAGGGGAUUGUUUAGUUUCAGUCUCAAAUUUCGUACGUAAAGUCAUGUGGUGGAAUUAAGUGGUGAUUAUGUUAAAUGUGAGUGAAAAUGGAGUAAUUAGUUGUUGUUUAAA